AAAUAUUGUGAUGAAUUCAUGAUGUUUAGUAAAAAGGUAUUGUUGACAACUACUUUGUUUAAACGAUCGAUUCUUAUCUGAUUUUUAAUUGGUUAUCAAUUCUGUGAUCCCUCUGCUGGUAAGUGCUGAUAACAUGUGUCAAAAUUGUGCUUGUUCAUUAGUGCAUCGAUUACGAAGAAAUAUAUACGUAUUUGUUUGAAACAAUGUUUGUUUAAUAAUUCAAAGUGGACUUUAUUAUUUCUAUUUAUUUACAAGCUGACUUAAAAUUUAUUAUCAUGAGAGAAGAAAUCUAUUUAAUUGGUCAAAUGAAUCAAGAUUUUGUCGGAAGAAAGCUUCCAUUACUCAAAGAGGUUAUGUCGAUCUUCUUUUACCACCAUAAAACCUGUAAUUUAACAAUUAAACAAAGUUCAGCAAGUACGACAAAACAACUGAUAGAACUUUGGCGAAAAACAGGUAUUCCACUACGUCAAGAAUCUUCUAUAAUUUUGUCAAUAAUUCGAUCUCAUAACAGAUGGAUACUUUUAUCAAAGAGUAAACGUCAGAAAAAAUCUCCAACACAAAAGAAGAAAGAGUCAAUUUUUUGUAAUGAUUUACAAAAAUUGUUUGAUAUUUCCCAUGCUAAUGUUCUCAAUGAAAUUGAUGCUACAAAAAAACAUUUUUUGGAAAGCCAAAGAAAACCAUCUCGACGUGGUUUUAUAAACGAUUUUGGGCCUAUUACUGAAGAUAUGGAAAUUUGUUGUUUAGAUCAGAGUGAAACAAAUGCAAAUAGAGAUGAAAAUGAGGCACUUAUGAAUACUGAGACCCUUCUUCUCAGCCAAAAAUCAAAAUCUACCGUUUCUACCGUUAGUCAAAUUUCUAACAAUAUCUCUGAUUUUGAAGACGAAUUAAAAAAGAAAUCAAAACGAAAAGCACCUCUAAUGAAUAUCAUGACACCGGAACUUGCAGCUGCCCUUGAUCGUGGAAAAGAUAAUUUUGUGCUACAUUGGGACGGGAAAAUAUUACCUGAUAUAGUUGGUACGGAAAAAGUUGAUAGACUGCCAAUUAUUAUAUCGUCAUCAGGCAGUGAACAACUGUUAGGUGUACCCAAAAUGAAAUCUGGAACUGCUAAAAAUCAGGCUGAUGCUAUUGUGAAAAUUCUAUUCGAUUGGGGUAUUUCUCGUAAAAUAGUAGGACUGUCUUUCGACACGGUGGCUGUUAAUACAGGUAUUAAUUCAUGUUAUUGUUUUCUUAAAAACUUUAUCAUGAUAUAA